UUCACUGUGUUGUCAUUCUUCUCAUCUCCUAAGAUAAGAAAAUUCAGGAGAUGAGAAGAAAAAUUUGGUGGUUAUUUUUGAGCAGCAAUGUAAUAUUCAUCAAAUCAUUGACACGAUACCAACUUAAAGAAGAAGAAGAAGCUGCAUUGAUCUUCCCAAAAGAUCCUUCAUGGUUUAAGCUAUGGAUGGUUCCUAUGAUGAUGCUUUUCGUUUUCUUUGUCAUUUUUGUUGUAGGAAUUUUUCUAUAUUUUCACAAUUGUCGUCGAGGUGAAAAUUCUCCUAGAAUACAUCCUAUCACCUAAUUAUUUAGGUAUUUUCUUCCUCUUUUAUUUCUAUCAAAAUGUAAACGUUUGUUGGUGAAAUGUAAAUUUUACAAUUUCACGAUAUCAGUUUUCUUAUUGUUUUGAU